AUGAUAGUCCUAAAAACUAUACUGUUAUUUUUAGUAUUCCUUCUAAGUACAGUACUUGUAUUUAGUGCAGAAGAAGCCCACUUUAUUUCUGAAUAUAUUACAUCAUUAAAUUCUAGUACAUUUGAAAAGUUUGUCUCUGAAAAUGAAUUUGUUUUGGUUACCUUCUUUGCUCCUUGGUGUGGGCACUGUACAGCUCUUGAGCCAGAAUUUAAAGCAACAUGUGCAGAGAUGGCAACUUCAAUACCUAAAGUUCGCUGUGGAAGUGUUGAUGCAACUGAAAAUAUGGAAUUAGCCCAACAAUUUGGUGUAAGUGGAUAUCCUACAAUUAAGUUAUUUAAUGGUACAGAGAAUAUUCAGAACUUCUCUGGAGCUAGGUCUAAGGAGAAUUUCUUAAGAUGGAUAUCAAAACUAACAGGACCAGCUAUCCAAAUUGUAGAUUCAAUGAGUGAAGCUACAGAAAUUGCUUCCAGCUCGUCUUCAGCAUUUAUUGGUCAUUUAUCAUCUAAAGAUUCCACCACAUUUACUAACUUCGAAGUUGUUGCAGCCUCUCAUCGUGAACAUAGUUAUCCAUUUAUUGUUGUAUUGGGUAGUAGUGAAGAGCAGCUUCAUAUCUUACAUAAGGAUGAAGAAACAGUUGUCAUUCCUAUGCCAAAAACUUUGGAAAAAUUGGAAUCUAAGAUUUCUGUAAUGAAUGUACCUUUGUUUGCAGCAAUUAGUGCAGAUAAUUACUCAUUGUAUAUGUCACGUCCAGGAUUUACAGCAUGGUUCUGUGGGACAACUGAAGAUUUUAAUAAAUAUGCCUCUGUGAUUAGGAAAGUUGCUUCUCACUUUAGGGAGGAGUAUGCCUUUGUAUUUUUAGAUACUGAUCAAUUUGGAUCUCAUGCUACUCAGCAUUUAUUAAUAGAGGAAUUUCCAGGGUUAGUUGUACAAAGUGUUGCUGUACCAGCUAUUAGAUAUCUCUAUGGAGGUUUGAAAUUCGAUUCAGAAGAGCCUUUAAUGGAAUUUAUGAAUUCAGUAGCAAGUGGUAAACAUGAAAUGAGCAUUAAAUCAGAGCCAGUUCCUUCUGAACAGACUGGACCUGUAACAGUCGUUGUAGGUCAUACAUUUGAAGAGAUUGUAUUUCAAAAGGACAAAGAUGUCUUAAUAGAAAUAUAUGCUCAAUGGUGUGGACAUUGCAAGAAUUUAGAGCCUAUUUACAAUCAGCUUGCUGAGGAAAUGAAGGACAAUGAGAAUAUUGUUAUUGCUAAAAUCAAUGGACCAGCAAAUGAUAUUCCUUUCGAAGGUUUUAGCCCUAGGGCUUUUCCAACUAUUUUGUUCGUAAGAGCAGGUACAAGAACUGCUAUACCUUAUGACGGUAAAAGGACUGUUGAAGCUUUUAAGGAAUUUAUUACUGAACAUGCUACUGUUUCUCAGUCUUCUACUCAUGAUGAACUUUAG